AUGGUGAGACAUUUAGAGUCAUUCAAAGAGUUCUAUAACAGAGAAAAAAUGAACAGAAGGCUAACAUGGAAAUAUUCUCUAGGAACAUGCAUUAUUAUUGGAAGAUUUGACCAAGGUGAAAUCCAAAUAACUGGAACCCCAUGUCAUGCAAGUGCACUAUUGUUGUUCAAUGAAACAGAGAGGCUAAGUUUUUUACAAGUCAAAUCCCAGUUGAAUUUGGAAGUUGAAGAUACAAUUGCAUUGCUGAAAUCCCUUGCAUGCUCAAAAUACAAAAUCUUAAAUAAAUUACCGGAUACCCAAUCUGUGAUGGAAACAGAUUGUUUUGAAUUCAAUGCAAAAUUUUCUUGCAACAAGAGGAAGAUCCGACUUCCGGCACCCAUAGCCAAUGUAAAAGAAAAUGUUGGGAAGUGUGUGUUUCAAGAUAGACAUCAUAUAAUUGAUGCUUCGAUUGUAAGAAUUAUGAAGAGCAGGGAAACAUUAGCUCAUAAGGAGUUAGUGAUGCAAUGCAGUGAACAGGUUAAUGACAGGUUCACGGCAGAUAUGAAGGAAAUAAGAAGGAGAAUUGAAAAUCUGAUAGACAGGGAAUACUUAGAGAGAGAUAAAGAAAAUCCUGACAUGUACAAUUACUUGCCUUGA